AUGAAGGCAGCUUUCGUCUUCGCGGCAGUGGUAUCUGCACUUACUGGUUUUGCCAACGCGACACCCUACACCUUCCCAGUUUGCAUUGUGGGUGCUGGACCGGCCGGCUUGCUUGCUGCGAAGAAGUUGGAGGCCAAGGGGAAAAAAGUUGUGGUAUUUGAGAAGCGACAGGAGGUUGGCGGAAAGUGCCAGGCUGUUUAUGAUCAAGGUGGAGAUGCGUUCCAUCCCCUUGGUGCUCUGUUGUUCUCAAAUGCGAGCUACCCCGAGACUUUGAAGGUAUUGGAUGUGGCUGGUGUUCCUGCUAUUCCGUAUAUUGUUGGACAACGCUGGGUGUACAACAUCACUACUGGAUUCACUGUUCAGUCACCUCCUGUUCCUGCUGCGUUCGCCACGCUCGUAGCACAGGAGUUUCAACGUUAUUCUGAUUAUUGGACCACCGUCUUUGCUCCAUACACUGCUAUUGGCUAUAAGAAUGGCGUGCCGGCAGAGCUCGCAGUGACUACAGCUGAAUGGCUAGCAACCAACAACUAUCAAGCUCUACCGACGUUGUUUGUCCCGGCUAUGCUACCAUUCGGCUAUGGUGAUCUGAGAGAAAUUCCGAUCCUCUACAUGCUCCAAUACUUGACGCCCGACAUCCUCGGAUUCUUCGCCCAAAGACACGGUAUCUACCUCAUCGACUUCCAUAAAGUGUUUGUGAACUACGCAAAAUCCAUCCGAGGCCCUAUUCACCUCCGUACAACAAUCACCAAGAUCGACCGCAAUGGCCGCUUCCCAAUAAUCACCUACCAAAAUUCCGGCAACAACGGCGCCUUCUCAAUCCCUAAAAUCCAACUCUGCUCCUCCCUGAUCCUUGCCUUCCCGCCCACAGUCCCCGCCCUCGAAGCCGCAAAGCUCACCCUCACACCCGCCGAAACCGAAGUCUUCUCCCCCAUACAGCUAAUUUCCUACUUCUCCAGCGCAGUACAUCUGCAAACACCGCGCAACUUCACUUUCGCAGCCGAGAACCCCGCGCCUUCGAUCCCCGUCACACCAACCGGUGCCCCGAUCUCUUUCGUCCACCUCUUCCGCACCUCCGACAUCGCGACGGCGUGGUCGUGGGGAAGCAACACCUCCCUCCCCACCGCGCGCACCCUCCUUAAGCAGACGCUCUCGAGAAUCAACAAGGAUCCCCGGGACUCGGUGGCGGUUGCAAAGGUCGUCACGGACGCUGACAUCGUGGGCUUGCAGCAAAAUGACUAUUUCCCGCAUUUCGGGCCCCAGGAGCUGAGGAAUGGCUGGUACGGCAAGUUCAAUGCCUUGCAGGGCUCGAAGAAGACGUACUUUGCGAGUGGCUUGAAUGCGUUUGAGACGGUGGAGUUUGCGAUUCGUGCGGGCAUCGACGUCGUGGAUAGCUACUUCUGA